CGGGUCCGGCCUGAAGCGCGGCCCUCGGGGCUUCCCUCUCCUCCCCUCCCUUCCCCUGGGGUCUCCCCUUCCCGUGGGUGUCAGUUCUUCUCCUCCCCGGCGUCUGGUCUCCCCUCGGGGUCUCUCCUCCCAAGGUCUCCUCUUCCUGGGAGUCCCUUCUCCCCCUCCCCGGGAGUCUGGUCUCCCAUCCCCCUCCCGGGUCUCCCCUCCCCGGGGGUGUCCCCUUCCCGAGGAUGUCUUCUCCCCCUCCCUGGGGGGGCGGUGUCUGGUCUCUCCUUCCCCUCCCUAGAGGUCUCUCCUCCUCCUUUCCAGGGGUCUCUCCGCCUUCUCUCGAGGUUCCGUCCUCUUGGCCUCACUCAGCCCCCGCCCGCUCUCUCUUCCUCCGGGCUUUGCGCCGAGAGCGGUGCUGCACCUGAGCACCCUUUACCGGACCCCGCACCUGGCGGCGGCCCCGGGGUUGCGGGGAGGGCCGAUGGGGGUGCGGGCGGGAGCUGGCGAGGCUUCAGACACCGCGGGCCACUCGGUUGGACAGUCUACACUCUCCCGGCGCCUGAUCCUCGGGUCAGAUCUGCGGAGGAGCCGGCCCUCCACGAGCCCCUGGGGGUCCUGGCUCUGCGAGCCGCUCCCUGGUUCCCGUCGGACCUCACCCGUGGUCCCCGUUCACGGUGUCGUCCAGGUGUCAGGCGGCCCCGCCAGGUUCCAGGUCCCCUGGGAAAAGGACGCACGACGUGAGCCCCGAGUUUCCGCGUGAUUCGGGGACAGCCCGUCAUCCAGCUCCGGGGAGCCGCUACGAGGAGGGGGGCCUCGUGGAGGGUCGCUGCCUGUCACGGGGACAGGUGUACCCGUGAAUGACUCUAGCGCUUUCCUAAGGGUGGGAAGAUGCAAGGAUCCGGUCUGUAAAUGUUGUUCCUAGAGUGUAAUCGUCGAAGGGCCUGUUUUCCCAAAGCGCCAGGCCUCAUUCCGUCCUGGGCCUGCGCUCCCCUCGGGCUGCGCUGUGUGCGCCCGGCACCCCAUGGCUGGCCGGGGGAACCGGAUGGCGAAUAACGUAACUGAGUUCACAGCCUUUUUAUACGUUUUUCUGACCAUUUUUUCGGCCAGAGCGGCAUACUGUCUUACUGGUCCCAAAUUUCUUUUAUAAUAUAAAUUUUUGAAAAGACAGUGUCUCAGUGAUUGGAUUAUUAACGGAAUACUGGGUUUUUGUACAGUUUAAUUAACAUUAAAUACUUUAAAACUUUUUAUUGUCCGUAAGAAUUUUCUUCUUUCCUUCCUCUCCCCCUUUGUUCAGCUCAUUCUCCCAUUUUACUGAUUAGAAGUGAACCAUAAAUUGUAUUGUAAGUGCUUAUAAGUGCUUAUAAGUGCUUUAUCUUUUAAGAAGUAGACUUUGCGUCAUCUGACUUGUUAAAGUGUGAAAUAGGCUUUUCAGGUAAACUCCCCCACAGAUUACAUUGAGGUAGAUCGCUUCCACUGGGGGUUUCUUUGCUUCCUUCGAUCUUUCCACAAGUUCCCCCCUUUGUUUCCCGUUUUGUGCCUGGCCUGGAAGUUCUGGUGGCAUCAGGAAGAGAUACUGCAAACAACCCUCCUGCUUUCCUUUUUCCAGAGGCCCUGCACCCGCUAACCCUGAUCCUGCCCCAUCCAAGCGGCUCGCUCUGGAAUUCCUGCCUGGAGCUCCCAUACCAGCAAUGAGUCAUCGUUCAACUAUAUGUGUCAAUAAAUCUCUUUUUCAGCUGAAAAUGCGUAUCUCAAAUGCAAGCCCGACUUAGCAGGAGUCUUUGGACUGCCUUGCCCUGUCCCUAAAGUCGGAUCAUGAAGGUGCUGGGGAGAAGCCACCUGUGGGUGUGGCUCCCGUUCCUUCACCUGCUGGCCAGCGGCGCGGAGCACGAAGAAGCGGUGAGACACGCCAUCGAGUUGCACCGGCGCCAAGGGGCGGCCGUCACCCAGAGGAGACAGUGGGUCCUGGACGGUUGCAGAAAGCUCUCCGGGCUUCUUCGCCAAAAGGCUGUGGUUCUUAACAAACUGAAAAGUGCAGUCAGAGCAGUGGAAAAAGAUGCCAGCCUUUCGGAUGAAGAGAAGCUGUUUCAGGUGCACAUGUUUGAAAUUUUCCAGAAAGAGCUGAAUGAAAGUGAAAACUCAGUCUUCCAGGCCGUCCAUGGACUCCAAAGAGCCCUGCAGGGCGACUACAGGGACGUGGCCAACGUGAAGGAGAGCAGCCGGCAGCGCCUGGAGGCCCUGCGGAAGGCAGCCAUCAAGGAAGAGACGGAGUAUGUGGAACUUCUGGCAGCAGAAAAACAUCAGGCUGAAGUUCUUAAAAGCAUGCAGCAUCGGAACAAAAGUUUAUCCCUCCUGGAUGAGAUCCUUGAGGACGUGAGGAAGGCGGCAGACCGUCUGGAGAAGGAGACGGAGGAACGCGCUUUCGACGACAAUAGGUCGGUCAGAGGGGUCAACUUUGAGGCAGUUCUGCGGGUGGAAGAGGACGAGGCCGGCUCCAAGCAGAACCUCACGAACCGGGAGGUCGAGGAGGACCUGGGCCUGAGCAUGCUCAUCGACUCCCAGAAUAACCAGUACAUCCUGACCAAGCCCAGGGACGCCACCAUCCCGCGGGCAGACCCCCACCUCAUCAAGGACAUCGUCACCAUAGGGAUGUUGUCCUUACCAUGCGGCUGGCUCUGUACAACGAUAGGACUGCCGACCAUGUUUGGUUACAUCAUCUGUGGCGUGCUUCUGGGGCCCUCCGGACUCAACAGUAUUAAGUCAGUUGUGCAGGUGGAGACGUUGGGAGAAUUUGGCGUGUUCUUUACUCUCUUCCUCGUUGGCUUAGAAUUUUCCCCAGAGAAGCUGAGAAAGGUGUGGAAGAUCUCCCUGCAGGGGCCCUGCUACAUGACUCUGCUCAUGGUGGCCUUUGGCUUGCUCUGGGGCCACCUUCUGCAGAUCAGACCCACCCAGAGCGUCUUUAUCUCCACCUGCCUCUCCUUGUCGAGCACACCCCUGGUGUCCAAGUUCCUUGUGGGCAGCGCUCGCAGCGACAAGGAAGCAGGCGACAUCGACUACGGCGCGGUGCUGCUGGGGAUGCUGGUGACGCAGGACGUGCAGCUGGGACUGUUCAUGGCUGUCCUGCCCACGCUCAUCCAGGCAGGAGCCGGCACACACGCCAGGCGUCUCCCUCUCUUUCCCAGCGUCGCCAUGGAGAUCCUGCGGGUCCUGGGGCUGGUCGGGCAGGUCCUCUUCUCGCUUGCUGCAGUUCUCCUCUUCUGUCUUGUCGUGAGGACCUACCUCGUGGGUCCGUACUGCCGGAGGCUGCACGCGGAGAGCAAGGGGAACAAGGAGGUCCUCAUCCUGGGAAUCUCCGCUUUCACCUUCCUCAUGCUGACGGUCACCGAGCUCCUGGACGUGUCUAUGGAGCUGGGCUGCUUCCUGGCCGGAGCCCUGGUAUCCUCCCAGGGCCACGUGGUCGCUGAGGAGGUCGUGUCCUGCGUGGAGCCCGUCCGUGACUUCCUGGCCAUCGUGUUCUUCGCGUCCAUAGGCCUUCACGUGUUCCCCACCUUCGUGCUGCGCGAGCUCGCCGUGCUGCUGGCCCUCACGCUCUCGGUGGUGGCCAUGAAGUUCGCCCUGGCAGCCCUGGUCCUGUCUCUGCUGCUGCCCAAGACCAGCCAGUACGUCAAGUGGAUCGUGGCCGCGGGGCUGGCCCAGGUCAGCGAGUUCUCUCUGGUCCUGGGGAGCCGGGCGCGCAGAGCACGUAUCAUCUCUCGGGAGGUGUACCUCCUCAUCCUGAGCGUGACCACGCUCAGCCUCCUCCUGGCCCCGCUGCUUUGGCGAGCAGCCGUCGCCAGGUGUGCGCCGCGGCCCGAGAGAAGGUCUAGCCUCUGAGGACCGCGGCCAGGCGACCGGCCGGAGCUGGCACCGCGUUCCCGGACCUCAGAGUCUCCCGGAGCCCGCCUCUGCACGCAGUGAUUAUGCACCGUGUACAUGUAACUCUGCGUUUUACAAAUCGCCUUGACUCCUUUGCCUGGAUGUGCCUUUUCUUCAGAAAUUAAUGUCAACUUUCUAUUGUUAUUUCAUCAGUUCAUGUUUUUUUGGUAAGGAAAAAAACUAGGAGGCUUUUUUAUUUAUUGUACAACUUGUAAACCAUUGGUCGAUGUUUGUUAUUAAACGUUUCUGUGACGUGAGCUUUUAAUUCUCACAAUGUGUUUGGAAAGUUACUUUUAAUCCUUAAAGUCUAUGUUUUCUAAAAUGAGACAAGUUCUUCUAAAUGUCUUUUGCUUUUUAUUACAAUUUUAAACAAUACUUUCAUGUCAGUUUUUAUCAGGUAAAUCAUUCUUUUAAAAUAUUUGGUUUUGAAUCACAAGACUAUGCAUUCCUUAAUAAAAAUCAUUUAUGAUCAGUAUAA